AUGUCCGGGCGUUUUGACCAAUGCUAUGACAACCUUCGUGUGUCGAGAAAUGCCUGGGAUACCAACCUGCUCAAGGUCAACCCGAAAAACUUGGCAGUCAAUUGGGAGUCCGGUGGUGGAGGAGCUUUCGCUGUGAUUCCUCUGGAGGAGCGAGGCAAAUUGCCUGACCGCAUUCCUCUGUUCCGUGGACACACAGCCGUUGUACUCGAUACCGACUGGAACCCUUUCAAUGACGAUUUGAUUGCUUCGGGCUCGGAUGAUGGAAAGGUCUUUCUCUGGCGGGUUCCGGAGGGCUUUACCGUGCGCCCAGACGUCGAGGCGGAUGAUAUCCAAGACAUUGCUCCUGUUGGCAAGCUGAGCGGCCACCCCAAGAAAGUUGGCCACGUGCUCUUCAACCCCGCGGCAGAAAACGUGCUGGCAACGGCCUCGGGAGACUACACUGUGAAGCUCUGGGAUGUUGAGGCUGGCGCAUCAAAGCUCAGCCUGGAUGUUGGUGACAUUGUGCAGUCCUUGUCAUGGAGUGCCAAUGGUUCCCUGUUGGUUACUACCUCCCGUGAUAAGAAGCUCCGUAUUUGGGACGUACGUCAGGAGCGCCCUGCGCAUGAAUCCCAAGGUCACUCUGGCGCCAAGAACAGUCGUGCUGUCUGGCUUGGAGAGCGCGACCGGGUCGCCACCACUGGUUUCUCUAAGAUGAGUGACCGUCAGCUGGCACUGUGGGAUAUCCGCGCUGCUCGAGAGCCCAUUAACGGCUUCAAAACGCUGGACUCGAUCUCUGGUGUCUGCAUGCCUUUCUGGGACGAUGAUACCAGCGUUUUGUAUCUGGCUGGACGAGGUGACGGCAACAUUCGAUACUUCGAGCUGGAGAACGACAAAUUCGAGUUCCUUUCGGAAUACAAAUCUGCUGACCCCCAGCGCGGUGUUGCAUUCAUGCCUAAGCGCGGUGUCAACAUGCACGAGAAUGAGUUGACCCGGGCUUUCAAGACUGUCAACGACAGCUAUGUCGAGCCUAUUUCCUUCAUUGUACCUCGUCGCGCUGAGACCUUCCAGGACGACAUCUAUCCUCCUACUAUUGGUGCGACCCCCGCCAUGAACUCUUCCGAGUGGUUCUCGGGCAAGGAGGCUAUUCCUGGCAAAAUUUCCAUGGCCAGCCUAUACGAUGGCCAGGGUCUGAAGGAAGUUACUGGUGCUGUUGACAAGCCAACCGGCUCCCUGGAUACUCCCUCUCCCAAGCCCGCUGAGCCUGAGGUCAAGAAAGCCGAGCCUACUAUUGUGAAGCCUACUCCACGUGAGCCCGUUUCGGAGCCCACACCUGCGGCUCGCCCUGCCCCGUCCAUGAAGGACCAGGGGGGCUUCGAUGGCCGCGAUGCUUCGAGGAGGUUCCUAAGCCCAUUGAGCGUGCGUCACGUACCGCCACGGAGUCAUCUUCCCCCCGGGUCAGCAGCCCUCUGCGUCCAAAGGAAGAGCCUACCCCUGCUGCCGCCCCUACCCCUGCUUCUGCUCCUGCUCCUGCCCCUGCCCCUGUUGCUACUACCCCUCCCCGUUUCCGCCUCCACCGGCGGAUCAAGCAACGUCUCUCGUGACAUCGAGGAGAUCAAGAACUUAAUCGCUGCUCAGACAAAGACAAUUGCCGACCAGGCACAGCAGAUGCAGGCCUUGACUUCGGAGCUUGAGUCUCUGAGGAGCAAGCUGAACUAA